GUCAGUCUGAGCUCCUAAAUCACCCGGCUGCACGUGUCAAAGUCUUUCCCGUCAUCCCAGGAAAAAAACAGUCAACGGUACAAGUCUGCAAGUCAGUUUUAUCCUGGAAGUAACCACGGCGCAGGAGGGAGAAAGCUGAACACACCUGUCAAUUACCGCCGAAGCUUUGUGGUGCCACGAUGAAACGAGAAGACGGAGUUAUUCUGCUGCGCCUGCUGCUCUUCUCCAUGAUUCAUGCGGGGGGAACAAGCCCGAGCCGCCCAGGGAAGCCCACCCUGACCAGCUGCCGUUCACCUGAAAAAGAGACGUUCACCUGCUGGUGGGAGCCGGGCUCCGACGGCGGGCUGCCCACCACCUACGCGCUGUUCUAUCGCAAAGAAAAUUCUGACAAAGUGUACGAGUGUCCCAACUACCACGCUGCUGGCAAGAACUCCUGCUUCUUUAAUAAGAACGACACGUCCAUCUGGGUCAACUACAACAUCACUGUCGUGGCCACCAACAAACUGGGCAGCACCUACUCAGACCCGGUGGAUAUCGAUGUCGUCUACAUCGUCAAGCCCAAUCCUCCGGAGAACCUAAGAGUGGCGGUGACAGAGGAUAAAAGCUGGCCCUUCCUCCGAGUGUCGUGGGACUCGCCGCGUAAAGCUGACACCCGCUCCGGCUGGAUCACACUAAUCUAUGAGAUCCGUAUCAAGUCGAAGGGGGAAUAUGCAUGGGAGACGCACCAUGCCGGCCAACAGAAGGUGUUUAAUAUUUUCAGCUUGCGGUCCGGUGGCACCUACAUCCUCCAGGUGCGCUGCAAACCUGUUCACGGAUUUUGGAGCGAAUGGAGCUCCAGGGCCUACAUUGAAGUCCCUGACUAUUUCCAACGAGAAAAGUCUGUGUGGAUCAUCUUCUCUGUCUUUUUUGCCUCAAUCUUUUUAUUUCUUAGUUGGAUGAUACACAUGAAUAGUGACAAUCUGAAGCACUGCCUUCUACCACCUGUCCCUGGCCCUAAAAUCAAAGGAUUUGACGAAGAGCUUCUCAAGAACGGCAAUUCUGACGACGCGUUCAGCCCACUGGGACUGUCCGAUUUACCUGCGACCACGACGUCCACCUACGAGGACUUUCUCGUGGAAUUCUUAGAGGUGUACGUCCCCGAGGAGCGGGAACUGAGUCUGGAGGAAAACAAGGACCGACAUGACAGUUCCCUGAAAUCUGAGAGCUCCGUGUCCGACAGCGAUUCUGGCCACGGCAGUUGUGACAGUCACACGCUGCUCAUCGAUAAGUGCGAUGAGGCAAAACAGGACAGCUGGCAGAGCGAGCGGCGGGGCGGCCAGACGGAGGCGGAGGCUCAAAGGAACGAGGAAUCUCCGGAGGAAACGCGGGCUCAUGAUGAGGUGGUUAUGCUCAACAUGUCCACAGGGAGGGGGAAGACAUGGCCCUCUGUGUUUUAUUCACUGCCUCGAUUCGGCUCUGGCCCACUGGAUCAAGCAAGCUCACUACAGACGGCCAAACGGCACUUCCUCUCUGAACCCCUCUUCCCUCUGGCCACUUUCCUCGGUGGUCCUGGUCCCAGCACCGCUAAGGGCCAUCGGCCGAACAACUGGGAUCUCGGCUUCGGCGACAAACAGGCGGACGCCCGGCAGCUUCUCCUGGGUCACAGUGAUGUCAACGUCUCCAAGAUUGGUCUGCAGCUGCCUCCUUACCGCUCCAAUGAGUACGUGGAGGUCCAGAGGGUGAAUGCGGAGGAUAUGGUGAUUCUCCGUCCCGUUCCCCCGGGCCACGGAAAACACCUGGUGGACAUGAGCCAGGAAGAGGACUACAGCAAGGUGAAGGGGGUUGACAGUGACAGCAUGAUACUGCUGGUGAAGGAAGAUGAGACGGAAAUGUGUCCGUAUGACACCCAGCAGCCAAGCGGAGUAGCGGCCAGCGGCUACCCAGCAUCGGUCAUUGCCACUCAACCGAAGGGCUGCAGUCACUCCGCCCUGCCCACUGUGGAAGAGAGGGCCGUCAGCGGUUACGUUGACACCAACGCGAUGUUCAUGAUGCCUAGCUACUAGAAAUCCAUGUGGUGGAAGAUGUUUCGGGAGGACUCUUUGCGGCUAGAGUACUACCACAAGAAACAGAAACACCAAGGGGCAGGAUUAUUAUCACGUUCUGCCUAUUAGGGAUGGGCGGUAUGGACUAAAAAAUGUAUCAUGAUAAUUUCUGGCAUUUAUCCCGAUAACGAUAAAAAUGACGAUAAAAAAAUACCAAUUCAACUCCACCUUUUUAACUAUAAAUCUAUCUCGCUCUCAGAUCCGCCAUGUUUGUUACACAAAAACGUCAUCUUUCCUUCCUUCCUUCCUUCCUUCCUUCCUUCCUUCCUUCCUUCCUUCCUUCCUUCCUUCCUUCCUUCCUUCCUUCCUUCCUUCCUUCCUUCCU